UCCCUUGUUGCUCUUAUCAUGGUUAAAACUAGGUCAGCCCGAGGUGGAAACUCGUCUCAGCCUCUUGGACGAGGUCAGGCCCCCAGCAACCUUCCACCUCAUCCCCCACCCCCAAUCCCGAAUGUGUUUCUUCAUGUUGACCAUACAGAAGGAGGGGAUGAAAAUCAGCCACAUGAUUCGGCUCACAACUCAGCCUCCACCGCUAACCAAGACGUAAUUGCAACUCAGCUCACUGCCAUGCAACAGCAGUUUGGUGUCUUUCAGCAAGUGCUGGCUCAAUUGUUAGCCCGCAACAAUCCUGGUGAUCCACUCAUCAAUCUGCUUAAUCCUGCCCCACCACGACAUCCAGCCCCACCACAAAAUCCUGAACCAGUUCAACAUGCCCCCGCUGUUAGUGAAUCUCAAGGUCAAUCUCACAUUGCACCGGUCCAGCAACCUCCUAAGGAUGAUGUUACUCGACGUCUAGAUAGCUUAGAAAGGUUAGUGGUUGAACAACGAGGUGUCCGACCCCCACAUCCUACUGCUGACUCUGUCCCUCACCCUUUCAACACCAAUAUUGUACUGGAACCCUAUCCAGCUGGCUUCAGAAUACCACAGCUUGAAACUUAUGAUGGGACGAAGGACCCCGAUGAUCAUCUACAUGCUUUCUACUCUUGUAUGCAGGCCCAAAACGCCUCUGAUGCGUUGAUGUGCAAAAUCUUUCCCUCUACUCUCCGAGGUAACGCUCGAACCUGGUACUACAGUCUGCCUCCGAGAUCAAUCAACUCGUACACAGAACUAUCAUCUGCUUUUGCCACUAAGUUUUCCAGUAGAAGGUUGAUAAGGAAAACCACUUCCGAGCUGAUGCGAGUCAAGCAGAGGGAUGGAGAAUCUCUGAAGAAUUUCAUGAGCAGGUUCAAUGAUGCAGUGCUAGAGAUUAACUCUUUCGACCAAGCAGUGGGAAUUACGGCUGUGAUCUCAGGUCUCGGCCAUGACAGAUUCAGAGAAAGUUUGCUUAAGCAUCCUGCCACCACCUUCAGUGAGGUAAAUGAUCGAUCGUUGAAAUUCAUAACCGUUGAGGAAUAUGCCCUGUCACAGAACCUCACCCCUAUUAAACACCAACACCCAGACUGGAGAGAUGAGAAUCCGAACACGAAACAGAUGAAGAUAACACGGAACCAAGGUCCGAUGUCGACCCCGAGAUUCGGCAGGCCGAACUCAGCACCUCCGCAACAACCUGCAAGUAAACCUCCAGUUAAUUGGACUCCUUUUAAUUUACCGAGGUCACAAAUCUUCAUGCAGAUUAAGAAUAAAAUGGACUUACGACGUCCGGGCCCAAUGAGAACUGCUGCUGCUACUAGAGACCAUACACGGUAUUGUGAUUUUCAUCAAGAUCACGGUCAUACAACAGAGCAAUGCAAUAGUCUGAGGUCCGAACUGGAAAGCCUGGCGCAGAAAGGAAUGCUGAAUGAGUACAUCCAGAGAAUUGAGCAACCACGAUUUGUCAGGGAACAAGGGACACAGCAUCAAGGAGUCCGCAAUCCCCCAAACAGGCAAGGUGUGGGAUAUCAGCAGGCCCCACCCCCACUCCCACCACCAGCCAGAGUCAUACACAUGAUUACGGGGGGUCUGGAAGCCGGUGGACUAAGUUCCAAGCAGCGAAAGCUGUAUGUCAGAGAGGUUAAGCACCAGAACCGAGCUUAGAAGCAGAAAUUUGACGAUGCUGAGUGGAAGAAUCAACCCAUCACUUUCAC